AUGGUGGUUGUAUUUAGUUCAAUUCUAUCACGAUCUGCAAUUUUUGAGCUCUCUUUGAAUCAAAGAGGAAGUCUUAUUCUUCUGAAUCAAGAAAACUUGACCAUAUGGUCUGCUAAUACAUCAAGAGCUGUGCAGAAUCCUGUUGCACAACUUCUGGAUUCUGGAAAUUUCGUUAUCAGAGACGAAAAAGACAUCAACCCGGAAAAUUACUUAUGGCAAAGUUUUCAUCAUCCUGUCAAAACAUUUUUGCCGGGAAUGAAAAUUGGAAGACUGGCUGGAGGUGUUGAAGUUUAUACAACUUCAUGGAAGAGCAUAGCUGAUCCUUCUCAAGUUGAUGUUACAUUUCAGCCUGAUUCCUCUGGUUUGCUGAUGGUUCUUGUAAAGAAUUCAGUUUUCACAGCUCGAUCAGGACCAUAUAUGGAAUGUUGUGACAUCACCAAUACACCCGUAUGUUCGUGUUUGAAUAGAUUCGUGCCGAAAUUAGAAAGUAACUGGAACGCAACAUAUUGGUUCGGCGGAUGUGAUCGACGGAUGCCAUUAGAUUGUCAGAAAGGAGAUGGGUUCAUAAAGUAUUCAAAUGUUAAAUUGCCUGAUUUCAACAAAUUCAAGCUUGACCAUGAAGGAAUGUUAAAUGCUCUGUCCGAAAAACUGAUGUUUCAGGCUUGUUUAGAGGAAAUUAGACUCUACACCACCAAACAACUACUUAUUCUCAGUAAUACAAACACGCUCAUCUCCUUGCCAAAAUACACCAGUCUUCUUCUUCUCUUAUUCCUUACGAAUCCUUAUCACCGGCGAUAA